AUGGAGACCGCGAUCCGUUUCUCGCGCAACUCUCAUCGAGGCACGCCACAGCGCUUUCUAUAUGUCGACGUGACGGGGAAAUCAUUCAAAUUAUGCAACAUUACGAAGAAAACUAAGCUGUCUGUCGAGUAUGAGUCAGUGCACACUUCAACAAAAGUCCCUGCCUUUCGCGCUUUCGACUGGCAUCCGGUCAACGAGGGUCUCGUGGUUGUCGGGCAGGCAGGCGGAGAAGCAACUCUUAUCAACAUCGCGGAGGGCUACCACGACUCACUUUCGUUCCAGGUACGAAGCCAACGACUAUGUAACGCUGUCGCAUUGAACAGCCACACCUUGCUGGCGGCUGGAUUGGAUAAAGUCCGAACGGACUUCUGUCUGAACGUCUGGGACUACAAUCAGCGACUUCCCGCACCUGGAGCGAAGGGCUUUUCAAAGAGUUAUUUGGAGCCACUUCAUAAACUCGCUAGUGGAGAACCGAUAACCAGCUUAAAGUUCUUUCAUGACGACCCUCAGCUCUUGGUGGCUGGUGUAAAGGGACAGUUUGUUAGACUGUACGACCUCAGGGAGCCAUCCGUCGGAAAUGGCCUACAAUUCGCCACACGUUGCGUUCACAAUUUGGCCGUAGAUUGGCUGGAUGAAAAUUACUUUGCUUCAGGGUAUCCCACUAGCGAUCCGUCAAUAUGCGUUUGGGACCGGCGAAUGAUCAGUCGACUCAACACGCCGCACAUGAGUUUUGGUGCAGGCUCAAAUACAGGGACAGGGCAACCAGAUGCUUCUUUGGAAUUGAAGAACGUUAUCGAAAGCCCAGGCACGAUCUGGAGCCUACGGUUUUCGAAAGCUCGUCGGGGCCAUCUCGGCGUCCUCUCCAGUACAGGAAACCUGAAAGUUUAUGAUAUCAGCAAGGACUCCUCGGACGAAACGCACCAGGCGGAACAAGACGGUGGGCACGAUACCUCUUGGGAGAACAGUGCGCCUGUAGAUAUUUUUCUUGAUCGCGCCCAGGAAGUCGCAAAGCAGCACUCGGGCGAUCCUUCUCUUCAGGAUGAAAAGACCCGAAUUGUAUCAUUUGACUUCAUGACGACGUUGUCAAAGCUUGGUCAACCCGAGAUCCUGACUCUCACCGGUGAUGGGAGACUUCGAGUCUCUUCAACAAAUCCUCCACCCGAGCCGGUUGUCCUUGGGAAUCUUGACUUUCUAUGCAAGGGCGAUACGGUUAUCGAGCAAUCUUUGUUGGAUGCAUCGACUCUCGGAAAGACCAUCGAAGAGAUUCGACGCAAAGCUCAACCUAGGAAUAUACUCAAACGGACGAUCAAGCAGUCUCGCCAGGAAGGAAAAGCUCCAGACACAAGGAAAAUGUCCAGUUUGGAGAACCAAGCGUGGUACUCGGAUCUUGGGUACUACGAGAGAGAUGUCCCUCUUCAGGAUCUUCUGGCUCUAAACUCAAUCCAAAGAGGUCGCUGUCAAGCUGGCUAUCUACUCAACCCCACCAAGAACAAAGACAUCGUUUCCGAUUCGAACUGGUUACAAUCGUUCUGGGGUUGGAUUGAGCAUUCCUCCAGAAUAGCUCAAAAUGGAAACAUGACGCAGGACAACUUCGAUCUGGCAUAUGUCGGAGUCUAUGCCCUCUGGAUGGAGGAUAUACAUGCCAAGAACAGAACCCUGGGACCAUGCUCCAAUAAACCGGGCAAGAUCAUCGAAAACCUUGUCCGCCGACUCAACAUUGCAAGUCUCAAGAGCAGCAAGUCAGAAUAUGUAACGAAUAGGCAACUGUGUUUACAUUCGAUAGGGCUAGCCUGGUCAUACGAAGAGUUGGAGGCAAGAACUAAUCGUCUUGUGGCCCAGAACCAGCAUACCAAAGCUGCGGCACUUGCAAUGUUUUCCCUGGAGCGUAAAUUGGCCUACAAAGCAUUGCGUGGAAAGGGUUCGAACCAAUCCCACAAGAUGCUGGCAAUGGCCAUCGCGGGCGCUUCAAAGAAGAUGCGUAAUGUAGACGCAGCGGCGACGUCUGGUGACGACUCGGAUGCACAAGAUGACUGGGCGGAGACCAUCUCAUCGUUGGCCGAAGAGCUUACCGAUCCAUACGCUCGCGCGAUCCUUGCCUACGUCAUAACGGGGGAUUGGUCUCAGGUUGUUGCUGAAGAUUCCCUCCCACUCAAGUAUCGAGUGUGCGUAGCGCUGCGACAUCUUGACGAUUCCAAACUCACAGAGUAUAUCUCACGAGCAACGAAAGAAGUCUUGAAUGAAGGUGAUGUUGAAGGCAUCAUCCUCACCGGCAUUGGCACUCGUGACGCGUUUGGGCUUCUCAACAGCUACGUCCGGCGAUUCGGCGACCUACAAACCGCAGUGCUAGCCCUUUGUCCAGCUGUACCACGGUAUGUAGAUGACGACGAAAUUGUUCGCAGAUUCGACGGCUGGAAGGAUGUGUACAGACACAUGAUGAAUGGCUGGAACUUGCGGUUCGAUCGUGUCAGAUUUGAUAUAGCGUGUCAGAACGCAGCAGUCGACGAAAGUGGGAGACGGCUCAUACCGCCGGCCAAGCAACAAGUCCGACUUGUUUGCGGCUUUUGUGCACAAAGCAUUGCCCACAACGCAGGCGCAAACGACGAGGCUUCACCGGGUCACAAGAUGGUGGAAACCCCACAGCAUCCCUUGACCAGAGAGAAGGCUGCCGCGGUUGGCACCGUCUGUCCAAAGUGCGGAAGACAUCUACCACGCUGCGGAGUGUGCGAUCUUUGGCUUGGAAUGCCGGAUGAGUCGUAUUUGCCCUGGUAUGGGCCACUGGAGGCAAGGCUGAAUGGCAGCAAAGGGGGCGUCAUCGACCUUGGGGCCAGCCUGUCCGGCAGCGUGCACAGCGUGCACACAACGAUCGGACCGACCAAAAGCUCCGGGAAUUUGAAAGCGACUACUUCGUCACCGGCGCCGAAAUCGUCACCACAUUCUCAGGUCAACUCAAGGAAGUCGGGGGCUACAGAUUCGUCGGCGGAAACCGCGGUACCUGCCGCCCAAGAGUCAACGAACGGGGUUUCCAGCGUGCCCACCAUUGCAGUUGAAGAGGCGGCGACUCCACAGCAAGGAGUUGACCGAGAGGUGCAAAAGGCAGAGCAGGCGCGGCAGUGGGAUUCCACCAUGGCGAAGCUCACGGUGCUAUGUCUGAAGUGCUCCCAUGGGUUCCACGCUGCGCAUGCGAGGAUGUGGUUCGAAAGGCACCGCAUUUGCCCGGUACCAGAGUGUAGGUGUCUGUGCAAUGAAUGA